AUGAAACAAGCGGAGAUACCUCGAAAAGCCAUUGGGCUGGAGGAGAUUACAGAGAUCCCUGUUAUGACAGGUGCAUUCAUGGAUUCAGCCAUCGAUGAAUGCAACAACGAUUUCUCACUCUUCAAUUCAUCCACCAACGUGAAUGAUGCAGCCUCAGCUCCAAACCAGCCCGAGGAGCCAGCUCGGAACUCCAACGAUGCCAUCUGGUUAUGGAUUGCGAUAAUAGCAACCAUCGGGAACAUUGUGGUGGUCGGUGUUGUGUACGCCUUCACAUUUUAG